AUGACGCUCGGAGCCGCGGGCAACGAGAUGGAUGACUACCCCAUCGACGAGGAGAAGGUCAUGGCGGGUAAGGACGACAGGAUCGCGCCCGCGGUGACCGCCGCCGUGGAGAUGGGAUUCGACGCCGAGCUCGCCACGCAGGCGGCGAAGGAGCAGAUCCUCCUGUUCCCCGGCCGCGGGGACGUCACCGAACUCGUCGUGGAGCAGCUCCUGAUGGGAGCCGGCGGCGGCGCGAGGGCGUUUCCCGCGCCGACGCGGAUGCCGGAGAAAUACGUCGCGGCGGCGGAGGCGGCGGCGGCGAGGGGGAGGGCCAAGGCGACCCCCGAGAUCGCCGACGGUCCAAUCGACCUCACCGACGACUCGCCGCCGCGGGAGAAACGCAGACGCAGCGAAGGGAACGACGCGGUGACGAUCAUCGACGCCGCCGCCGCCGACGACGACGACCCGAACGCGAGGUCACGCGCGACGACGAUGCCCUCGGGCGGGGGAGCGGGCGCGGGGGGCGGGGCGCCUUCGCUCAUGGCUGAGCUCGCGAGGGAACGCAUGGAGCGCGAGCGCGUGCGCGGCGGCGCGCCCGCGCCCCAAGGUCCCUACGCGGCGAAACCUCGGUCCACCGCGAAGGACCGAUACGUCCCCGCGCAGGAUAAGGGCCCGGGCGGUAACCUGACGGGCGCGGCUAAGCGAGUCGCGGGUCUGAGUACCGGCACGGUCGGCGGGCUCGGGAUCCUUGACGCGCUCCUCGCCGGGAACGAGCCCAUCAAGGAGCCCCUCUCGCAGGUCAGGCUGCUGACGUACAACGUGUGGUUCGCGGAGCACGUGGCGCUGGUGGACAGGAUCGACGGGCUGACCGACAUCGUCAUGCGCGAAGACCCGCACGUGAUCUGCCUCCAGGAGGUGACCCACAACAUCCUCAUGCUGCUCCACGCGCAGCCUUGGUUCGAGGACUACAAGGGCUCGCCUCCCCCGCAGCAGCAGUACUACACGAUCAUCAUGUUCAAGCGAUCGAUGAACAAGCCGGACGGCUCCACGAGGGUGUCGAGGAGGGAUUUUAUGACGUCGGAUAUGGGCCGGUACGCGGUUGGUUUCUGCGGGAUGAACUGCGGCGACGGCAAGGAGCUCACCGUUUUCACCUCGCACCUCGAGAGUUUCAUCAGCAAGGAGCGGACUUCCAGCGACGAGCGCGUGCGGCAGAUGAAGGACGCGCUCAGGGUGAUCGACGCGGUGACGGAGCGAAGGGCGAACGAGUACCCCGGGACGGCGACGCGAAACGGGAUCUUCAUGGGGGACACCAACUGGGACGAGACCACAGACGGGGACGUGCCGCUGCCCGAGGGGUGGCGGGACGCGUGGCUCACCCACGGCGACGGGACCGAGGGGUUCACGUACGACCUGCGAAAGAACCCGAUGAUGGGCGGGUGGCUGCAGAAGAGGCUGGACCGGGUGCUGUACCGCCUGAGCGAUUUUGAGGUGACCGGGAUCAAGAUGGUCGGCACGGAGCCAAUCAAGCGAAAGGACGGGAGCGUCGUGACGUACGUGAACGAAUACAGGGGAAGGCGGGAGACGAAGCCCGUGUUACCCUCCGAUCAUUUCGGGCUCAUGGUCACGCUCAAGCCCAAGUGA